AUGGCAACGGACGGAGAAGUGCCCCAGCAGGGCACGAAGAGGACUCGCGAUGAGUCGGAAGCAAUGAAUGGUGAUGCGCCACCGCCAGACGACGCCAGCGAAUCCUCAGACGACGACAUUGGCCCAGCGCUUCCAACGGCAGACGCGACGGCGCCUGCAAAGAAGCGCCGCAAACUGCCAUAUGAGAAGCAGUACAUUGCUGCUCUCCCGCUGUCGAACCGCUACUCGAAGUCGUUGAUGCACAAAGAUCAGCUCAGCUUCUGCACCUUCACACCCCACACCGACUUCCUCAUCACAGCCUCAAUCGACGGCGUGGUGAAGUUCUGGAAGAAGACUUUUGGUGGGAUAGAGUUUGUCAAGGAGUUCAAAGCGCACGAGAGCGAGAUACGGGGUGUGACUGUGAGCGCAGAUGGGCGGAGCUAUGCUACUGCGGGUGAGGACGGCACGGUGAAGGUGUUUGAUGUUGUUACCUUUGACCUGCUUGCCAUGCUGGAGCCGGAGAAUGGUGUGAGAGCAGUAUGCUUUGUGCAUGGCGCUGGUGCAGCCGUGCCUCUCCUUGCGGUAUCCAGUGAGAAGGAUGGGAAGAUUUUGAUAUAUGACGGUCGAGGCGAAAGACAGCAGCCGUUGCACUCGGUCGCUGGGCUACAUCGCAAGCCUGUCCACCUCAUGGCCUUCAACGACACCUACGACUGUAUUGUCUCCGUCGACGAGAGUGGCAUGCUGGAGUACUGGCGCCCUUCUGAACCGUUUGAGAAGCCCGACAACGUUUUCGAGAUCAAGAGCAACACAUCCCUCUUCGAAUUCAAGAAGGCCAAGUCCGUGCCCAGCUCUAUCACAGUAUCGCCAACAGGAGACCAGUUCGCCACGUUCUCGUUUCCUGAUCGCAAGGUCCGCGUCUUUCACUUCGCAACCGGGAAGCUCUAUCGCACCUACGACGAGAGCAUCACCACAAUCACAGAAAUGCAACAAGCUGGUACCCUCACUAAUCCACCGAUGGAGGCGAUGGACUUUGGGCGACGUAUUGCUGUCGAGCGUGAGCUUGAGAACCCGGCAUUGCGCAAUCGCGUCAACGUUACUUUCGACGAAAGCGGGCACUUCAUCUUCUUUGGCAGUAUACUUGGAACGAAGGUCAUCAAUACCCUUUCGAACCGCGUGGUCAAGCUGUACGGCCGGGAUGAGCCAUUCCGACCCCUCAACUUGACCCUAUACCAAGGCCAGCCUGAGAAGAAGGACUUUGUUACUCUUCAGAUGGCCGCUUCCUCCAACCCUCUCCUGGCUGAAGCAGAGGCGCGCGACGCCAUGCUUGUUUCGACUGGCAGAGGCAAGCUACGUUUCUACAUGUUUACCAACGACACGAAUAUCUCAAAGUCCGAUCGCGAUGUGCAUAACGAGAAGCCGCGUAGCCUCAACAAUACGAAGAAAGCACAGCAGGAAGCUGAAGAGCGUGAGAGUAGGAAAGCAAACUCCGCGACGAUCCACACGACGAUGGGCGACAUCAGCAUCCGCCUCUUUCCCAAACAAGCUCCCAUGGCUGUCGAAAACUUCACAGUGCAUGCUCGCAACGGAUAUUUUAACAACAUCCUCUUCCACCGUGUCAUCCGCAAAUUCAUGGUCCAGACCGGCGAUCCUCUUGGCGAUGGCACAGGAGGAGAAAGUAUCUGGGGCAAGGACUUCGAGAGCGAGUUCACCGACGAUCUAAAGUUUGAUAAGCCGUACAUGGUCGCCAUGGCUAAUGCUGGAGACGGGAUGAACGCCAGUCAAUUCUUCGUUACUACUGAGAAAGCUCCUUGGCUGGACAGAAAGCACACCAUCUUCGGACGAGCGACUGGCGGAGCGGAGGUGGUGCACGGGAUCGAAAAUGUGAAGGUGUACAAAGAGCGGCCGGUUGAGGAUGUGAAGAUUGUCAAUGUCUCGCUCGGCGGCUAG